AUGACUCCCGCAUCUGAUCUUUGCAGUCUCUGCCACCUUAAUAAUGCUAAAAUAAGUCAAAAUGUCAAAGUGAGCGAGCACGAGAAAUUGAAAUGUCUCGGUGAUCAAGAAAUGCAUCUGCAAGAAGCAAAAUCAGAGCGGGAUUUUAUGAAAAGAAACGUUGCUGCAUGUAAAGAGGUGUUACAAGACAGCGUAAUCAACCUCUUGUCACCCAGGCCCAGUUGUUCAUUGAAAGGAACUAUACACUAUUCAGAUGAUUAUGCUCAACAAGUACACAUUCUCUCCAAUCCACAACAACCUGGGCCCAUUUACUUUAAAACACAGCGGAAAUGUGGCCUGUUUGGAAUAUGCUGUGAGGGAAUACCCAGACAAGUCAACUACCUAAUUGAUGAGGCAGUUGCUACAGGGAAGGGGGCCAAAGCAACAAUUAGCUAUGUCCAUGACUUUUUCAACUUUCACGGGGCUGGAGAAACAGACACAUAG